AUCCAUCAUCCAAUUCCAACUCACUCCAUCGAGUCUCAUCACAAAACCAACCUGCAAUGUAAUUUCACCUGCGGACCCUCGGGUCUCACUUCUCUCGAUGGAAGCCAUGCACUGCCUUUGGCUGGACACUCAAUGAUCAGGUAUCUCAGGUAAUUCUGGGCAUGGACCGGUGUUCGUUCCUAUCCGGGCAGUGGCUCUGCCGCCUGCUUCGGCUCUGGGUUCGUUCUGAGAUUAUACGGUUAAACUUGAUCUGGAUAAUACCAGCGAAAGGAUCAUGCCUUCCCUCAUCCUACUUGAUGUGGAAUAGCUAACAGUUCUCAGUCACCCUGUGUGACCUGAAUCUUGAUCAUGUCUCCCCCCGCUGCCAUCUUCGAGCCCACCGUGGCCCCUACUGGCAUCAAGGCCAACGUGGUGGUCCCUCAGGCUGCUCCCGUCAAGGAAUCCUCUCAGACCCAGCUGCUGGACCACUUUGCUGGCAAAUGGGAGGACUUCAAGUUUGCUCCCAUCCGCGAGAGCCAGGUCUCUCGUGCGAUGACUAGGCGGUACUUUCAGGAUCUGGACAAGUACGCCGAGAGUGACAUUGUCAUUGUCGGUGCUGGUUCUUGCGGUUUGAGUACUGCCUAUGUGCUGGCCAAGGCUCGUCCGGACUUGAAGAUUGCCAUCAUCGAGGCCAAUGUUUCUCCUGGUGGUGGUGCCUGGCUCGGCGGUCAGCUCUUCUCCGCCAUGAUCAUGCGUCGGCCGGCGGAGGUGUUCCUGAACGAAUUGGGCGUGCCCUACGAGGAAGAUGCCAAUCCCAACUAUGUGGUGGUCAAGCAUGCCUCCCUUUUUACCUCGACCCUGUUGUCCAAGGUCCUCUCUUUCCCCAAUGUCAAGCUCUUCAAUGCCACCAGCGUGGAGGACCUGAUCACCCGUCCGGCUGCCAACGGCAACCCGAAGGAAACUCAGAUUGCCGGUGUGGUGGUGAACUGGACUCUGGUCACCCUCCACCACGAUGACCAGUCGUGCAUGGAUCCCAACACCAUCAACGCUCCGGUCAUCAUCAGUACGACUGGCCACGAUGGUCCGUUUGGUGCCUUUUCGGCCAAGCGACUGGUGUCCAUGGCCACUGUUGACAAGCUGGGUGGCAUGCGCGGCUUGGACAUGAACUCGGCCGAGGACGCCAUCGUCAAGAACACUCGUGAGGUCACCAAGGGUCUGAUCAUCGGCGGCAUGGAGCUGUCUGAGAUUGACGGCUUCAACCGCAUGGGACCUACUUUUGGUGCCAUGGUGCUCAGCGGUGUCAAGGCGGCCGAGGAGGCGCUGCAGAUCUUUGACGAGCGCCAGCGCGAGUGUGCUGAGUAACUCUCCUGGAAAGGAUGUGUUAGUCUCACUCUUUACGUUUGAUAUUUGAUACGGGAGCACCAGAUCGAUCUGGGAACAUGAUGUCGUGUUCAUUAAUGACACUCUUUAUGACAAUCCAUUGAUUAUUGCAACC